GGUAAUUGCGACAUUCAGUCGUUCCUUCCACCAGUGUUUACGGUAUUGGACCCCCGCGCCUAGCGCCCCGGCUCCGCCCGGCCAACCAUCAACACCAGACAUCUGCUCUCCCAGGGCGGCGCUCAUAGCCUCGCACAACUUUAAGAUACCAUAUCUUUGCCUGGAAUCGCGCCAUGCCCGCCCUUGCCCCAUCCAACGGUGGCGCGCAAGCACAAGGCGCGCCCAACCUCGACAGCCUGACGCCGCGGGACCCGACGACUCAAUUCGCGUCCGACGACACGUUUGCUACAUUUGGGAUCAAGGCAAGACCACUCGAAUCACGGCAGAUUGUGCAAGGCCUAAUUCCCACCUAUUACCGACAAGAUGGUCCCGGCGCUGGUGCUGUGGUCGGCAUAACCUUGGGCAGUGUCGCCGGCUUUCUUCUACUGGUUUGGCUCCUCUGGACCCUCACGAACAACAGCCGUAACGCGAUUUCUGGUGAGGAGGAGAUAGUCGUGCGCAAACGGCCGAGGCGCAAUUCGAACUCGCAUCGCUCACGGCGCGGAACCCGCAGCGAGGUGCGCGAAUACGAGAGGAGUCCUCGGAGGUCGGGAGGUCGGUCAACAGUGAUUGUAGAAGAGAGGACGAGGUCGCGACCGCGCAGUAUCGUGGUGGAGGAAACCCGGCGGCGCGUGCCCGGCGACGACAUGGUCGAGGUUAUCGAAGAAGAAAGCGAGUAUGAGAGGAGAAGGGCGCGCAGAGGCAGCGGAUAUCGAUGAGAGCGGAAUGACAACAUACGAUUAGUUUCAAAGACUAAUCGCAACUCCCGUUGAAGAGAUUCGACGAGCAACUCAGAUCUUAUACCCCGAUCUCGGCCACAACCGCGAACAUACUAUCAGCAGAGCUCUGCUCUAUAGGAAUACCCUUUGUCGAAUAAUUUUCGUGAUCUUUGUUGCGCACAUACUGCUGAGUUAUUGCA